AUGGGUUUGGUCCUUCUCUUCGCUCCUGAUCGCUCACAGCCACCUCAUGACCUGGCCUCGUUGGUGACCAGUCCACAGCUGCCUCCUGGCCAAGCCUCUGGGCCGACCAAUCCCUGGUUGUCUCGCAACCACAGCGUGGGAGGUCCUCGUCUGGAGCAGUUGCCUGGUUUACCUGGGUUUUGUGGUGAUGCUGGCCGUCCUGGACUUGAUGGGCAACAGGGAGAUGCAGGUCCUCCAGGGAAAUCUAGUCCUCCCGGACUACCAGGAGAGAGAGGAGUUGAGGGCCCAAAAGGAUUACAGGGUCCACCUGGACCCAUUGGUAAAGAGGGGGAUGUUGGCCUACCUGGUGAAGCAGGAGAUCCUGGAAUUAAAGGAGAGAAGGGUGAGAUGGGCCCCCGAGGCUUCUCUGGUCCUGAUGGAGUUUGGGGAGAACUUGGAGAAAAUGGGGAAAGGGGCCCAAAGGGGGAGAAAGGCCAUAUUGGAUUAAGGGGUGAACCAGGUCUGGUUGGGGAAGUGGGCCCUGCAGGUUCUUUGGGGUUAAAGGGAAGUGAAGGAACCUCUGGACCCACAGGGUCAAACGGACUUAAAGGACAAAAGGGAGAGUCUGGGAAUAUUGGCAUAGCUGGACCUAAAGGGUCAAGAGGCCCUGCGGGUCUACCUGGAGUGCGGGGAGUCAGAGGAAACAGUGGAAAAUUGGGACCAUCCGGUCAACUUGGAAAGGGUGGCUUGAAAGGUGACCAAGGAGCUAAAGGGGAACCGGGGCAACAAGGAACAAAAGGAGAGCCCGGAGUCCCAGGCCCACCAGGGCAGCAGGGAGAAGAAGGGUUAGCAGGAAUCCAAGGUCCUUCAGCUCUUCCUGGCUUAGAGGGGGCUCCAGGAGAGAUGGGGCCCCAGGGCCCUCCCGGUCCCAUCGGGAAUACUGGAGGGCAAGGCAGACCAGGACCUGAGGGGAAACAUGGCACAAAAGGAGAAAAGGGAGAUGAUGGCAAGAGUGGUUCACGAGGAAAGAGAGGUCAUAUUGGGCGAAAGGGGAAACGAGGGAAAGCAGGAAUCCGAGGAGCCAGAGGAAUCAGAGGGCCAAAAGGUGAAAAAGGAGAAACAGGUCUCGCGGGCCACCUUGGCUGGCCUGGGACCAUUGGUAAACCUGGUUUACGUGGCGAGAUGGGAGAUCGAGGUGUAAAGGGAAAAGAGGGUGAAAAAGGUGACAUGGGGCUCCCGGGACCACCUGGACUUGAUGGGGCCAAGGGUAUCCGUGGACCUGUUGGGUUUCCAGGUGAAGUUGGUCUACAGGGAGAACAGGGAAAUAUUGGUCCACAAGGCCCGAGAGGAACAUCAGGCAUGCCUGGAUUGCCUGGCAUGAAAGGCUACCAAGGUUUGCCUGGUCUGGCUGGCAGAAGAGGCCUCCCAGGUCCACCUGGUCUUCCUGGUGCUCCAGGACUAUCUAUAAACAUGACUUUGACAGAACUCAAGGUUAGUAAUGAAUCCCUUUAUAGUUGA